CUUCUCACCGGCGUUAUAAAUAUCGCGUGCAUUGCAUUCCUCAUCCACCCGAAACUGUCUAUCAGCUAAUAAUAUCCUUUCACCUUACCUCUCUUCUACAGUUUGAACAUGGCGAGGAAAAGGGUCCUCAGCGCCAUUUUGGUGAUUUUAUCGGCCCUCCUGGCCGUUUCCGCCGCGGAGGGGGAAGAAAAGGAGUACGUUUUGACUCUGGAUCGCUCAAACUUCUCCGAGACUAUCUCAAAGCACAACUUUAUCGUCGUCGAAUUCUAUGCACCUUGGUGCGGGCAUUGCCAGAGACUUGCCCCAGAGUAUGAGAAAGCUGCAUCUUUGUUGAGUAGUCAUGACCCUCCUGUGACUCUUGCAAAAGUUGAUGCCAAUGAGGAAUCAAACAAAGAACUGGCAAGCCAGUAUCAGAUCAAGGGUUUCCCAACGAUUAAGAUCUUACGUGAUGGUGGAAACCUUGUUGAAGACUAUAAAGGUCCACGAGAAGCUGAUGGUAUAGUUAAAUACUUGAAAAAGCAAGUGGGUCCUGCAUCAGCUGAAAUCAAGUCGAAGGAAGAUGCAGCAAGUUUAAUUGAUGACAAAAAAGUUUUUGUUGCUGGCGUGUUUCAAGAGUUGUCGGGAGAUGAAUUUGAAAAGUUCAUCACUUUAGCUGAAAGUUUAAGGUCUGAUUAUGAAUUCGGUCACACACUUGAUGCCAAACUUCUUCCUCACGGUGAAGCAGUUGAGAAGCCCACUCUUCGUGUACUCAAACCAUUUGAUGAGCUGUUUACUGAUUUUCAGGACUUCCAAGUGGAUGCGAUGAAGAAGUUCAUUGCUGAAGCUAGUACUCCUACUGUUACUAUUUUUGAUGACAACAGAGAAAAUCAUCCAUAUGUUAACAAGUUUUUCGAUAGUCCUAAUGACAAGGCAAUGCUCUUUGUUAACUUCAGUAGUGAGAUCCAUGCUUUCAAACCCAAAUACAAUGAUGUGGCGGUCCUUUAUAAGGGAAAGGGAAUCAGCUUUCUGUUGGGAGAUCUUGCUUCCAGUAGUCGUGCACUUGAGUACUUUGGAGUUAAAGCAGAUCAAGCACCUGUUCUCAUAGUUCAGGACAAGGAUCAGCAAAAAUUUAUCAAACCAAAUGUCGAACCAGAUCAAAUUGCAACUUGGCUUAAGGACUACAAGGAGGGGAAGGUGGAUCCAUUUAUCAGAUCUGAGGCUAUCCCUGAAGUCAAUGAUGAACCAGUGAAAGUGGUUGUAACCAAUGCCCUGGAGAGCAUGGUUUUCAAUUCAGGGAAGAAUGUUCUGCUGGAAUUCUAUGCACCAUGGUGUGGCCACUGCAAGAAGCUAGCUCCAAUCUUGGAUGAAGUUGCAGUGUCAUUUGAGAGUCAACCUGAUGUCAUGAUAGCAAAACUGGAUGCAACUGCCAAUGAUGUCCCGGCCAAAAAGUUUGAGGUUCAAGGAUUCCCAACAUUGUACUUCAUAUCUGCAACUGGUAACAUAAUACCAUAUGACGGUGACAGAACAAAAGAUGACAUUAUCGACUUCAUCAAUAAGAACCGUGAUAAUAAGACUGCUGUGACAGAAGAGUCCAACAACUCAGAUGCAGCUAAGGAAGAAGAAUCCACUAAGGAUGAGCUUUAAGAAGGGUUUAGGGAAGCCGAGGAGUAGCAAUGUCAGGUUCAAGUUUUGUCAACGGAGAACUCUUGCCCUUACUUUUUUCUUAUUACUAUGGCUUUUCUUUUCUUAUCCCAAUGAAUAAAAUGUUUUUUGUAUGAAUGUGAGAGGUGUUAUAGUUAGUUUGUAGCUAUUGGUACGUUCUUUAACCAGAAUUAUGUAAGAAUCUUUGAACAAGAAUUAAUCGAUUUGCGGUCUCAUGAGCUUAGAUGCAUGCAUAUGUUGAAAUCUCUAUUGUCAUUUUUAACUAGAGUAGUCACUCCAGUUUCUACUCCGUUAUUUAAAUUCCAA